AUGUUCGAGGUCCCGGAUGCAAAAAGGGUCAAAAGAUCGGACCUUUUCCGAGACGACGGCUCCGGCUCGCCAGGCUCUCGAGGGUCGAGCAGAUCUCCAUCGCCAGCAAGAUCCUUGGACAACGACGAAGAGAGUAUUUUGAGAUCCAGCUACGGAUUCGAAUACGACUUUGUGGCACCUAACCCACCGUCACGGAAACCGACUCUACUAGCGCCAGGCAAAUCUCAACCGGACGUCAACCCCCAGGACGAAGAAGAAGAUCAAGAAUUCCAGUUCCGCCUAUUCACGUCGAACUCGAGAUCGAUCGACCGGCCUUCUCAGCCCGAUGCGCCCACCGCAGACGCCAGGAUCAGGCUCUCGCGGACCCCCGAGCCCGCGGCGCUCGCCGACUCACUGUCCCUGGAGAAAGCACACUUCCUUCGUCCUAACCGGCCCGACUCGUACUAUUUCACCUCGGCGCUGCCAGGGGAGACCAUUGAGGCGUUGAGAUCACAGUAUGCGGACGUCGCGCUGUCAACCGCCGACGUCCUGGCCAGGGCCAAAUCCACCAAAUGGCCCGGAUCUGCGCUCCCUUGGCGUCUCAUUCACGUUGAACUACUCGGCAAAGGCCGCCGCCGCGGCGCCCGUAGGCUUGAGGACGUGGCUCAAUCAGCCGCUUCGUCCGCAGUAAGUACCAUUGACACCAGCACCCAAAGGUCCAAGCCCAGCCCAAAGAGACCGUCGAAGAAACGUCGCAUCCUCCUCCGUCGCCGGCUCGCGCUGCGGCAGGAGCUCGCCGCGCAGGCAACAGCGACGGAGGAGACGGAGAGGGAAAAGCGCACGCGACGGAACCGGGAGAAGAAAGUGAAGCGGAAGGAGAGGGAGAAAAGGAAGAAAUUGGAGGAAGCGCCGGAAGGCGAAGAAGGGAAGCCUGCUGGUGGUGGUGUUGGUGAUGAGGAAGAACAGAAAGUUAUUCCCACCGAGGAACGAAAUCUCGCAACGGAAGGUGAUGUGAGGGCGGCGCACAGCGGUCAGGAGGGAGGGAUGCGAUCCGACCACAAGGACUCGGCAGCCAAAGCACCAGAUUUGGCGACUACCGCCAAAGAUGCCGCCGCCGCUGCUGCUGCUGCUGCUGUCCUGCCGACAAACAUGUCUACAUCCUCAGCGCCAACACGACGAGCUCCUACAUCCAGGGCUCCAACCACGGCCGCCACAGUGAAUCCGAGAGUCUCGAGAUCAUUGCAUCCCACGCGGCCACGAGCUUGA